UACUUACAGUCACGCCAGUAGAAGAAGAAGGUCACACGGGGCUCCUGGAGAAUUUCGGCACAGCAUCAGCAUGUUAAUUUUUGCUUUCCUGUUUAUUUACGUAAGAUUAUAUUGAUGCUUGUAACAUUUGUUUCUGGGCAAAGAUGACCACUCAGGCUGUACGUCUUUUCCGUAAAAUGGACGGUCUGUUCGCUGUUUACAAACCGCAGGGAGUUCACUGGAAACAUGUUCGUGAUAGCAUAGAGUCCAAUUUAUUAAAAGCGCUGAACUCCUGUCCUCCUCCUGCUCCUCAGCGUGCGGUGCAGUUCCAGCUUCUGUCCCGUGGAGACAACAGCAGCUCCAAAGAUCUCGUAUUAUCACCCUCUAUGGUCCCCACACUGGCAGACCAUCCUCUAGUGACAGGGCCACAGUUUCAUAAGGUUCAUGUCGGAGUUGGUCAUCGAUUGGAUGCUUUUUCCUCCGGGGUGUUAGUUUUAGGCGUUGGGAAAGGAAAUGGAGUGCUGGAGCAUCUGUGCAAAUCACAUGUAACUCGGGACUACACACUUGAGGGGGAGUUUGGAAAAGCCACUGAUAAUUUCACUUACACAGGCCGAGUCAUUGAAAAAACCACAUACGACCACGUUACCCUGGAUAAGCUCGAGAGAGUUCUUGCCAUGAUACAGGGAGCCAACCAGAAAGCCUUAAUUACGUAUUCUCAGGUGGAUCUGAGCACUCAGGAGGCUUACGAGCUUGCAGUGAGGGGUUUAUUGUAUCCUCAUGGUAAAAGCCCACCGAUUCUGACUGGUCUGCGAUGCAUACAUUUCAAUCCACCACAUUUCACACUGGAGGUCCAGUGUGUGAAUGAGACUCAGAAAUAUCUGCGUAAAUUGAUUCAUGAGGUUGGACUAGAGCUGAGGACAUCCGCAGUCUGUUCUGUAGUGCGUCGUACACGAGACGGUCCCUUCAAAGUAGAGAAUGCACUCACCCGACAACACUGGACUGCUGACAGCAUUAUUCAAGCUAUUGCUCAUUUUAGCAAGACUACUCGCAAAAUCAGGAAGUCAGAAAUGUACAGGCAGACUGCUGCUCAAUCGAACUCAAGCGUAGAGGUCCAAGAGCAAACCAGAAGUCCAACUGAGCAAAUAAAUUAACAGUAUGUCGAACUCGCAAGCUCUACUUCUGAUACAGUUGUGGACAGAGAGACACCUGUGACACUGAGCGAGGGGAGAACAAAACAUGAAAUUAAAUGUAUCAUCUGCCUCAUCAUGAUUUUAUUUCUGAAUUCUGAGAUGUAUUUGUCUAUUCAAUAUAACUUAUGAAUUUGUUAUAUGAUCAUCAGUGUGCAUCAUUAAAACUGUAUUUUAGUUAU